UGUAUAUGAAGUUAGCAAUCUCAAGGAUUGUGGAAGGAGAGACACAUUCAUAGAUCAAAUCGUUGAUGUCUUCGGAUUGAUUUGUCUCUAUCAUAGUUUUCAUAUGUCGUUUUUGUUAAUAAUUCAUAAACAGUUUACAAAUUUCUUAUAAAUUUAUUGGCGGCCCCCUACUUACUUUGCCGAUAUCCCAUUCGAUACGAUGCCAAUUAUUUUUCUUGAAUUCCAUCGUAUGAUUUUUCAAGUAUAUUAAUGAAUUAAAGAAUAGGUCAUCGAGCAAGGUAAGAGAGAGAAAGUGAAGGUAAUUAAUAAGUCAACCACCACCAUCAACAGCACCCACCCCACCACCGUCGGUCAGCAGCAGCCAUCCCACCACUGUCUGCCAGCAACAUCCAUCCCACCACCGUCGGCCAGCAACAGCCAUCCCACCAUCGUCGGCCAGCAGCUGCCACCCUACCUCUGUCGGACAGCAGCAGCCAGCCCGAAACCACCCACCUCACAUCCUGAAACCACCCAAUCUUAACCCGAACCACCAUAAAACCACCCUAAUUCAACACGAACGACUCAGAAACCACCCCCUUCUCAGGGCGACCACCCAUAAACCACCCACAAGUACCCCUGAACAACCCUAAAACCACCCCCGCAGCCCGAACAACCCCAAAAUCACCACCUCUUAACCCAAACGACACCGAAACCACCCCCCUCAACUCUAACCACACCGAAACCAACUCCUCUUAGCCGAACCACCCCAAAACCACUAACACUCGCCAUAAACCACCUAAAAACAACCACCCUCACUCAGCCCCAAAAUCACCCACACUCACCCUAAACCAACCCAAAACUACCCUUACUCACCUUGAACCACACUGAAACCACCUCGAACCAUCCUUAAACCUCCCCAAACUAGCCCAAUCAGCCCUCAAACCACCAGAUCUAAACGAUUCCAAAAAAAACAAAAAAAAAUAAAAUAAAAAAAGAAAGAGAGAGAGAGAGAAGAGAGUGAGAAAGGACCUCAGGAGGAGGAGGCGAUGACUUUGAAUAUGGUGAUAAGCAGCGACGAUUAUAACGAUGGUGGUAGAUGCGGUGACGAUGUUGACAGUGGUGGUUAGAUGGGCGGCGACGUUGAGAAGGGUGGUGUUCUGAUAAUUCGUGGGAGUUGAUUAAGUUGAAUGAUUUUAAGAAAUGAAUUGUUGUUUUAAAUUAAGUUUUAGAUUAGUUAAAUUAGGUGAAAAUAUUAUGUUAAUAAGUUAGCUUAGGAAUUUAAUUAAAUCUGAUAUAAGUAGUUAAUUGUGUUUAUAAGUUCUUUAGUAAGGGUAUUUUUGUACUUUCAUUUAAAAAACUUACUAAAAUAGGAAAAAAAAAGUGGAAAGUUACAACUAACGUGUAACACCCUGUUUUGGCAAAAGUUGCAAUUAAUAUGUAAUAGAUGUGAUAUAAACAUCAAACAUCAUAAAAAAAAACACAUCAUCUAAAAAAAAUGAAAGAAGUAUAUCUAAUGUGGUUGAAUGAGUGAUAAUUUGAGAAAGGAAGAGUCAUAGAAUGAAUUAUAAGUUAUAAGCUACUUGGGAAUGCUCUUAGAGCUAUCUUUAUCCUAUUAAAAUGAGAAAUUUGGGAGAGAAAAAGUCAUAGUAUUAAUUUUAUAGCAUAGUGCGGGAUGUUCUCACAUCUAUCCAAUCAUCCAAACAUAUUGAAAAUUCGGGAGAGAAAGAGUCCUCAGAACUUUUCUAUAAAUAUGGAAUUCUUACCAUAAACAUUAAUUAUUUGCACCAAAAAAAAAAAAAAAAACAAAAAUCAUUAUGGCCUCAUCCUCUGCAGGAAAUCCAAUGGUUUUCACAGCAUACAUUGGAGCAAUGUUCAAAAAUAUAAAAUUUUCAGACGUACCAAUUAACAAAAAUGUACAGUUCAACUUCCUUCUUUCAUUCGCUAUCGAUUACACGGAAUCCUCUUCUUCUCCAACCCCCACCAAUGGCAAAUUUAGCAUCUUUUGGGAUCAUUACAAUCUCAUUCCUUCUGAAGUUUCCUCUAUUAAGAACAAGCACCCAAAUGUCAGGGUAGGUGUAAGCUUAGGUGGUGAUUCUGUGUCUGACCACCCAGCUAUUUUCAUGCCCAGUUCAAUAGAUUCAUGGGUCUCAAACGCUGUUUCUUCAUUGAAGGAUAUUAUCAAUAAGUAUCAUCUCGAUGGUAUCGACAUCAAUUACGAGCACUUUGAAAGAGGAAGUGACACUGAGACGUUUGUUGAGUGCAUUGGACGUUUGAUAAAGAAUCUCAAGGAGAAUAAUAUAGUGAAUUUUGUGUCAAUAGCUCCAUUUAAUAGUGACGAUGUCCAAAAACGCUACCAGGCUCUGUGGAAGAAAUAUGGGAAAUAUAUAGACUAUGUCAAUUUUCAGUUUUAUUCAUACGAGCAAAUCACAAGUAAAUCCGAAUUCAUCACUUAUUUUAAGAAUGAAACAGAAAAUUACAAAGAUGGUAUGAUAUUGGCAAGUUAUAUUAGUGAUGGAAGCACAGGGCUAAAACCAGGAAAAGACUUCUUAACAGCUUGUGAGAAGCUUAAGGAAAUGAACUUACUUCACGGAAUCUUCUUUUGGUGUGCUGAUGAUUCAAAGGCAUUGAAGUUUAAGCAUGAAGUUAAAGCUCAAGAAUUGCUAGCAGCACCUUGAUUUCAUCUUCCUGUAAUUAGUUUGAUUUUUUUAGGAAAGUUGCAUGAUUUUACUUGCUCAUUAAGGAUAAGGUUUUGCAUGUGACAAAAAAUAUGUCCUUUUAUUUACUGUCUUUCAAAUUAAGUUAUACUUGGCUGUUUAGAAUCUGUCACACUUACCUACUUAAUUAAUGAAUUUAAUGUUAAGUAUUCUCCCCAAA